GAGGGAAAGAGUAGAAAGUCUUUUCCAAGAUGGCGACGACCAUAGACAGCAGCAAUGCCGUACAGGCGACAAGCAAAAAGCAUCUCGGAAUCCCCGAAGCAAUAUUUGUGGAGGAUGUCGAGUCGUUUAUGAAGCAGCCAGGCAACGACACCGCAGACGCCGUACUGAGGAAACUGGAUGAACAGUACCAGAAAUACAAAUAUAUGGAGCUCAACUUGGCGCAGAAGAAACAAAGGUUGAAAAGCCAGAUCCCACAGAUCAAGCAGACUCUAGAAAUCCUUCGACACAUGCAGAAGAAGAAGGAAACCACAGACCCGAUGGAGACACACUUCCUAUUGGCUGACAACGUUUACUGCAAGGCGUCAGUCCCGCCCACCGACAAAGUGUGCCUGUGGCUAGGGGCCAAUGUGAUGUUGGAGUAUGACAUCGACGAGGCCCAGUCUCUUCUGGAGAAGAACCUAGCGACCGCAUCGCGCAACCUGGACUCCCUGGAGGAAGACCUGGACUUCCUCAGAGACCAGUUCACCACCACCGAAGUCAACAUGGCACGGGUCUACAACUUUGACGUUAAGAAGAGGAGCAAGGACAACCUCCUUAAAUCAGUCAAGAAGUCUUGAGAGAGGGGGACCCCCCCCACAACAAAUCCCCCCCCCCCCUAGUAACCCGCCCCAACUCCAUGUUCACAUCUCUAGUCUCUACAACAUGUUUGCGACCUAAAUGGCACCCUAUUUCAUAUUUAGUGCACUACAUUUAACCAGGGCUCUGGUCCAAAGCAGUGCACCACAGGAGGUUGGUGGCAUCUUAGUUGGGGAGGGCGGGCUCGUGGUCAUGGCUGGAGCGGAACACGCCGUUCCAGACGUAACUAUGAGCCGUCCUCCCCUCAGCAGCCUCCACUGCAGUGCACUGUAUAGGGAGUAGGAUACCAUUUGGGAUGUGGACCAAACAUUAUUCUAUUGAUUUGUUACUUUUUAAAGUAUUUUUUCAAGUAAAAAAAGACAAAACAAAAGUUACUACGGCAGUUUUUUGUAUUAUUUUAUUACGAUUUAUUAAGCACUAAUAUUUUUUUAUCCCCCCUGCUUAGUCUUUAGGUUGUCACUGUCCUACAUUUCUUCCUUCUCUCGUCGUGUUUUCUUCCAUUAAGUUGUCGAGUACUGCUUCUUCUUCCAAACUCUUACUGACGUUGAUCUUUGCUAUGUACUCGUUUGGGGCCUUGGUUUGCUUUCAGUACACACCCUGCUAUUACAUGACCCAUAAUCCUCGCUGGGCAGGAAAUGGGAGACGAGGAGGAGCAUCUCACCAGUUCAAGUUGACACCUUCCUGUGAUUUAUGAGAAUGUUUAAAUGUGGAGCCCACUCUCUCGUGGGUUCCGUCCCUCACUCCUAGUCCCUCGACUGAUUCUAAAAUGGCACCUUAUUCCUAUAAGUAGUGCACUACCUAGUGAAUAGGGUCCCAUUUUGGAUGUAGCCUCUCCUGCUGCCUGUCUUAUUUUAUUUUCCUCCUGUUUCUCAAUGUAUAUGUCACGUUGUAUUCAUUAGAAUACUUGAGUGAAAAAAAAGAAAUGACAAAUUAAAAAAAUAAUAAUAA